GUUACGGUUAGGGCGGGCGUGAUCAGAACAACCGAGGAAGUGUGUCGGGACCAUUGUCAAACCGAAAGUUGAUUUUGUUUGCGUCCAUAUUUCCUUCGAGAGGAAUUUUCUUUCCUGAUGAGACUGACCUGCAUUAUAUGAGGGUGCGCAGAUGAUGGAAUCUAGAAAUGAAGCCCAGCAUGUGGUGGAAUGUGACCUGUGUCAGCAACCAGUCUCGUUUUUCUGCAGACGAUGCGGGGUCAAUCUCUGUGACCCCUGUGUCACCAUACAUUUACGCGGCAAAUCUACAAACGUUCAUGAAAUUGUAGAUUACACCAGCAAGGAUGAUGACGACACAUGCCACUGUGAUUCCCAUCCCCAAAACGAUUGUUUCGCGUACUGUAAAACGUGUGAUGCUCCGAUAUGCAUCCUCUGUGUAUCUAUCAAACACAAAUCGCAUGAAAUGUCCGAGCUUUCCGAUAAAAUUGAAGAACUUUUAAAAGUUAUCGCGAAGGAAAAUGGUCGACUUCAGUCAUUUAAACAUGAAUUAGAAAGAAUUCUGGAUCACACGACAAAGAUGUUAUCCUCAAUAUCCUUAUAUUACAAACAGAGGAAAGAUGAAAUUACGGCGCGGGGAGAAGAGUGGCACAAACAGAUCGAGAAGACCGUGAAGAAAUUUCACCAGGAACUGGAUGACAUGCAAAAGGAACACGAGGCUGUACUACAGAAACAAAAGAAAGAGUUUGAAGAAGUGAUUAGAAAGGUGGAUGAAAUGAACGGGAAAACAGUAAAAUUAAAGAAAUCAAAAAACGUUAAAAAAAUGCAGACCUUUGUGCCAGUGAUUCAGAAUCAGAAGAUUUUAAAUGAGGUCUCACAGUAUUCGUUUCCGACAUUUUAUGAAUGCAAAAUAGAUCCAAAUUAUUUGCAAACUUAUUUUGGAUACGUUGAAAAAAUGCAAGAAAAAAAAACCUCGCUCUUGGAAAAUGAAUUCAAAGAAAGGGAGUUAUCAGGUAGAAGAAUGUUAGAGGUACCAAAAAUUACUUCUAUCAUAAACACUAAGUUCCCUGCUGAGGAAAAGUUUGAAAGUCGCCUGUAUGGCAUGGCGGUUACUGACGAUAACAAGGUGUGGAUGGGAGGAGCCAGUUAUGAACUGAAGUUGUUUGAUCUCCAGGGACACCUCCACCAAACCGUCAGCAUUACUACCCAAGGCAUGUACUUAUGUAUGUACAACAAACAAGUAGUGUACACAGGAAUUAAAGACGUGAGAAUGAUAUCAGCUGAUAACGACACAGUGGAGACGAUGUUCACUACCGGGGACUGGGUGCCAUACGGCGUCACAAGCGCCGCGUCCGGUGAUCUACUGGUCUGUCUCCGUAAAGACGAUCAGUCCAAAGUCGUCCGAUACAGCAGUACCGGUACCGUGCUCCAGGAAAUCCAGUACGACUCGCAGUGUCAACCUCUGUACAAACAGGUGCUAUAUAUCACUGAGAAUGUCAACGGGGACAUCAUUGUAACUGACUGGGGGAAGAAAGCCGUCAUUGCUGUCAAUAGAUUAGGCAUAUUCCGGUACUCGUACUCAGGAAAGGACAGUACUAAUUUUUUUGCCUAUUCAGUCGCGACUGAUUCUGUCGGUCACGUCAUCGUUACUGACUAUAACGGUGACAAGAUUCACUUGCUGGACAGAGACGGGCGAUUCCUGAGGUACAUCAUUCCUGGAGGAAGAAUAAAUAGACCACGCGGCGUGUGUAUCCUUGGUCACGGUGAGAUGAUUGUUGGAGAGACUGUGACCGGAAUCGCCAAAAGAAUCAAAUACCUAGGAGAAUGAAGGCACGUUAGUGUUUAGCUGCAAUAAUGUAGCCCUCUCCCGAUUUUUUUUUUGGGAGAGGGCUACAACUCCAUAGGAUCUCCGUAAUGGUGCAAGUGCGGGAGUGAUUCACUC